GCGAAGGAGAGACAGAAAAAAAAAACGUCUCUCAGCAAAGCAACAAGAAGGAAGAGCAAUGGCGACACUGGAUCGCCAAAUACCCAGUCCGGAUACCUACUUUUGCGAGCCUUGGUCUUCCUUCGUCAGUGCGGCUAAAUUACGCUUUGUUGACAGCUCGUCCUCGGACCUCCGCCGCAAGGAGCCCCGCUGCCGAGUCGAAAGAGCAGAGAGGCUUGGUUACAGAGCGCUGGAGGAUUUCUGUCUCGUUGUCUGCCAUGUCUGCAAUCAGGUGGUCACUCCUCAGGGCAUCCUCGCACACUAUGAAAAGCGCCACGGCUCCCCCGCUCCCCCCAGGAGCCUCUCGGUCCCCAUGAAGCCUAAAGCGCCCGCAGCGCCCCCGGCGCCCCCCCCUGUGGCUCCCGGUCCCGGGGAAAAGCUGACCUUCAGGGUUCCAAAAGAUUUCCCUCACUCCCGCUUCAGUAAGGCCCCUCUCGCCGUCUACCCACCAAAGGGGGCCCGGAACAAGGCGUGCGUCUCCCUCCCCGUCGUGAACCUGGAGAAGAUGCCCUGCCUCGGCCACGCCGACUCUGCGGCGCAUCUGCGCCUCACCGCCGCCGCCUCCUCCUCCGCCUCCUCCCCCCUCAAGCCUCCCUCCCUCGGUGCCACGGCCCACCAGCGUCCCACCCCCUCUCCAGAGGGGCGGCCAGGCCCGGCUCGCUCUCCGCUGGAUCGGCGGCUGUCGUCGACGCCUUCUCCUUCCGCGGCGGACUGCAGACCCCCCCCGUCGCCGUCGGAGAAGAAGCACCAAAACGGAACAAAGACUUCCUCGCCGUCGCAGAGGAGACUCUCAGGCAGGGUCUUUGAUCCUAACAAGCACUGUGGAGUCCAGGACCCUGAAACCAAGCGACCCUGCACCAGGUCUCUCACCUGCAAGACUCACUCCUUAACCUACCGCAGAGCCGUCUCCGGCCGAACGAAACACUUCGACGUCCUCCUGGCCGAACACAAGGGGCGGGCGAAGGUCAACGAGGGAGCAAAGGAGAAGGGCGCACCGACGGCACGGAAGGAGGGCAGCAGCCACAGUAUCACAGCCACGGGAGAGGCGCCGAGUCCCGCCAAGCCUCACUGUCCAAAUGGGCGACCUCUUUCCACGCUGAAGCUAAGGCUGGCAAAUGCACACAUACCUAGGGUCCCGUCCUCCACCUCGGGUCCUCUGGCUCCUCUGGCUCCGGCACCAGCACCUCCCGCGGUCCCCAACCCGGAGCCUUCUCCCCGCGGUUCGGGGGCGGCGGGAGAUGGCGGCCGACUCUCCAGUGACGAGGGAGACGCAGAGACUCCCGAGGACACUGCCAGGCCCGCCUUCCACUCCUCCAAUCGCCACCCACAGCCUUUAGGGGUUUGCGUGUUCAGCAGCAGGCUGAUGGGACGGGGUCACUAUGUGUUCGACAGGCGAUGGGACAGGAUGAGGCUGGCGCUCCAGAGCACGGUGGAGAAGCACCUCAACGCACAGAUGUGGAGGAAGGUGCCUCUAGCGCCUGAGAGCCUCGUCUCCCUCUCCUCCUCCGGUACCUCCCCCGACGCUUCGCCACAGACUCCCUCCCCCGUCACUGCCUCUCACCUGCGGCCCCCCUCCAACUCCUUCUCCCGGCCUGCUGCGUUUCCCCCGGGCGCAUCCGUGGCGGGGACGCUCGGCAUUCGGGACGCUCCGCGGCUCGCCGCCCCAGUUCCCUCGCUGGUUAAAGCCCGUAACGGCGCGCACAGAGCCAACCGGCCAUCCAAAGAGUCGGAGGACUGUGUAGCGGGGUCCAAGAGGAGAAAAAACUCCUCUCACCCCUCCUCCUCCUUCUCCACCUCUUCCUUGCCACUGACUGUGGAUAAUGUUCGGAGGAACGGCGCCAGCUGUCAUCCAACGUUACAUGCUUCGGGGAGGGCGGCGGGCAGGAAAAGGGGCGGGGGCAGUGGGCCGUGGAGCGGCGGGGAGCACUGGUCGUCCAGACCUGAAGGGCCUCAAAGUCACAACUCGUCGAGCAGUCGUGAACGCGGCGCGACCGGCGUGCCCUACUCGUCCAUCAGGGAGGCCGCCUUUGCUCCCUCGAGGCCCCUGGCCUCCCCCUCGGGACCCUUGGCUUAUGGGGGAGGAGCAGAGGGGAGGAAGAGGAGGAGUCCCGGCUCUUGCCAAGCCAAGAUGAGCAAGCUGAGUAGGCCGGGCGGAUUGGAAGGCCUCUUUGGGAGCGGGAGCGACACCGCGGGAAUACUGGCUUCGGGGCCGGAGUCCCAGAGACCGGGCAAGUCGCAUCACUGAAAACCCGUUUUCACAGACAAGAUGUCGGGGAGCUGUGCAGACCACCACUGUUUGUGACUGCCUCAUCUCGGCGAUGUCGCCCCUGUUCAUCCAUUGACAUUUGGGUUCACAGGUCGCUCUGGACUGUCUCUGCCUCCACAGUGUUGGGGGGGCCGCCUUGCAUCGUCCGCGGCCUUUUAAAAAUAAGACGACAGAAUCUAUGGAUUUAUCCUACGAAAAGGGAAUAUGCCUUCAAAAGCACUCUAAAUGGCUGUACAAUUUUUCGCGGGGGUGAGACUUUUUUUCUUUAAACUGAUUGGUUUUUCACUGGUUGUUCUGACCAGUGUCCUGCUUGCUGUGUCUGGUCAGCUUACCUUGACUCCUUUUUGGGAAGUUAGUUGACUGAAGGACUUACUGACGCCCCUGGAACCAUCACUUCUACGGUCAUACUAUUGAUUUGAUCUUUUACCUCAAAGAGGUAAAGAGGCUUUGCGCCCACCACCCCCCCCCCCCUCCCAGCAUACCUGUGUUCAAAGUGCACUUACUGCCGUUGCCUCUUUCUCCAAGGACUCCAGAGCGGUCUCGAGGAGGGCCACGCAAGGACCUGUUCACAAGCGAAGGGGGAAGAAAAACCAACAUUUGUGUUACCAACGAUGUUGCUGUGAUGCAUUGUGUUUUCAUAUGGGAAGAACUCCAAUAAUAUUUUGAAGAUAUUUUUUCUUCAGUGUCUGUAUCGGGACAUCCAAAAAGGAAUGCUUAAUGCGGUGUUUUUACAAUAAUUUAUCGUUUUUUAAGUUUGUUUUUUAAAUGACCCUAGGACUUUUUGAGCAAAAAAUCAUUUCUAUGGCAUUUUGAAGAAGUAUUAUGAUGGAGCUUGUUGUUGAAAUUGUGUACAUAUCUUAUUAUUUUUGUAUUUAUUAACAAUUGUCCCUGUUUUCCCAAUAUGAGCCGAACAGAGUAUUUUGGCCCUCCUGCCUCGGUCUUUGUUCACUGGCAUCCAUGAGAUGGGCCUGGUUUCUCUGAAUCUCGCGGGAUCCCCUUGUUAGAGGUUUCCAAGUAAUACCAGCUAACACGGCGACCUAUGAACUUUGGCUGCCGCGGGCAGUUAACAGCAACCUGUGGUCCUCUUGGGGACAAUAUUUGAUGCUGUUGCGGCAAAGUAUUUUGUCAAUCCAAACUGCUAUUUGGUGAAGUUUCAUUGGCAUGUCAGGUCUCUGCACCAGCGUUUCUUCCCAUUUCUAAAAAAGCUCAACAACCUGGUAACCGACAUACGCGAUCUCGUGUAAAUCCCUCUGAGAAAUUCACGCGCCUGUUAGCCUGCGGUGAUACAAGGCCACAUCAAAAUGCUUAACUUGGCGCUGCAUUCGUCGGGCUUGAUACUGUUCAAAAACCCAACAAAUGCUCACCUGCAGCGUCAGGAAAUGACAUUUUGUGUGAUUUCAUGAAUGUGAAAGUACAAAUGGCACUGAGGGUUAAAAAAAAAAAAAAGACAUCAGAAAAAUAUCCCCCCCCCCCCCCCCUUUUUUAGGUACUCGCCAGCUGCUCUUUUGAACAUUUCUCAAAAGGCUCUGAGCACUAAUGGCGAAUGAAUUGUACACAAUCCGGGCUUCCCAUGAUGACACUUUAUUCGUCAGUGUGCGAGGUCGUACUGAAGAACUCUGUUUAGGCCACAGUUUACCCAGGUACCCCGCGGUGUACAAUUAACUCGUUAACAUACCUGCAAUUCCUCUUUUCUCCGUUUAUCGCCACAUACCAUAAUUCCCACAUUGUUUACGUGGGAAUUCUAUAAGAUUUGUUUCACCUCAGUAACUUCUCCAGUGUAUCCACAGGUCAAGGAUGAUGAUCUUAAGGCUGAGAGGUUUAGGGAAUGAUUUUGGGAAAUCCCAAUUACUGUUUAUAGUAAAAUAAUGGGAAGUUACAGCCUGUUGCAGCUAAAAGUAAGUUCAUGAAUUUCAGAGCAGUUGUAUAUUAUCUUUUGCCAAUGAAUGAGGUAUUAGCGGUUUAUUUGUUUUUUUUUUUAAAGCCUUACUUUUUUUUUUUGCACUUUGUCAUAAUGCCCAGAUCUUUAAUCAACUUCUAUUUAUAUAAAUAUUUGAGAUAUUAAAAAAAAAAUCUAUAUAUUUGUACAAGUGUACCCGGCGACCACAGUGAAACAAGGUGAAUGGUGUGUAGUUGGUGAGCUGGACCCUGAACCAGCGCUCCGCUAUCGUUUGGUUGUGUCUGUUCCCGACCGUGUGGAUUAAAUGUAAAAUGCCUCGCAGGAGACGAGGUGGAUUCACAGAAAAUGGAUUUCCCAUAAAACCAACUGAACACUUCCUGUACACAAAAAAAACAUGUCUUCUAUGUAAGCUUUUAUUAAAUGACUGAAAGGUGG